GAUGCAGUCUGUUUGAGAACUGUAAAACCUGCCACAACGGAACAUGGAGAGCCAAUGACGACUUCUUUGUCAAUGGAAAGUUUUGCACGGAGUGUCGUCAAGGCUGGAGUGGCGGGGACUGUAGAAGUGAGUAAGAAACUGUAGCGGAGCAUCGCUGUAGGCCUCAUCUCGCCCAUUGGCUGUCAUCUCGAUGCUGACAUGAGAAAACAAGGAUCAUGCAGUUAAGAAGUAUUUAGUUGUGAAGGAUUGUGCACUCUGCCAUUGAGAUUCUCUUUUCAGAUUACAUUUACUAGUAUGCGAAAUCCUUCGCAAAAUGCAGCCGCUGAUAAGUGAGUCAUUGAGCAAAGACUGAGAGCUCUUGAGGACUGACAUAAUGUGACGGCUUAAAAUAACUUCAUGUUUUGGAAAGCUUUAAAAUCUUUUGUACAUAUAUUCAGCAUUUGUGCAACUAGUUUCUUUUGAGUAAUUAUCCACAUUAUAUACAGUAUGUAACCAGGUUAGAGCCUCAUGGAGAUUAAAAUCCAUACGGAAAUGUAAUAUACGACAUAUAUGCACCUAUAUCAAGAGGGAUGCUGCCAUAUGUGUUCCCUACAAGGUAAUAUGUGAUCUCUCUAUAUAGGUGGAGAUAAAAAUGUGUAUAUGUAGAUUUAUAAAAUAUAUGAGUAUAAUGAAAUAUUGAAUUUCUAUGUGGUAUUAUGUUGCCAUUCACGUAUAUACAGUGUAUGAAGAUUUGAUUUUAUGAUACCCACAGUAAAAUGUGUGUUUGUACAUGUACAGACACAGAUAUACAGAAUAUUCAGUUUGUAUAACACAUAUUUAUAUUUCUCCUAUUUCAAUGUAGUAACAGCAUGUAUGGAGAUUUAAGGACAUCACAUUGACCAAGAGUGCUAUUCCAGCGAGCAUCUGUGGCAUUCUCAUGUGGAGGCGUCAUUCAGCGGGCUCAGGGUCACAUAGCCCUGGAGAGUUACCCAACAAAUGCACACUGUGAAUGGACGGUGCAAGUGGAGAGGGGCAGCAGCAUGGAGCUGAGGUUUUCACUGCUCAGCCUGGAGGCAGACCACAGCUGUCGUUACGACUAUGUGGAGCUGCGAGACGGCGACAGUCUGAACUCCCCUGUGAUCGGACGGUUUUGCGGGGAUCAGCUGCCUCAGCCAAUAGAAAGCUCCGGGAACGUCCUGCACAUCCUGUUCACCUCAGAUGGCUACAACAACUUUGACGGCUUCGUCCUUACUUUUCAGGAGAGUCCAGAAAAUGUCUCCACAGUUCCAGCCAACAAGAAUCCAGUGUGUGCACCGCCAGACAAACUGGUUAAUGGAUAUUUGCAGCUUGUGUAUGGCCCAAAAGAGGAGCUUGUAUCUGUAAACUACCGAUGCCAUCUACCUUUCACACUGAACGGCUCUCAGCAGAGGACCUGUCUGCCAAAUGGCACUUGGAGUGGCAGAGUUCCCACAUGUGUUAAAGGUCAAACAAGCAGAGUCCGGUGUUCUCCUCCAACCAAAUUGCUCAAUGGUUACCACAGACCAGCUCCUGACACAGCUGGAGGUGCAGAGACAAUUGAGUUUUUCUGCAAAAAGUCCUACAUUCUGAGUGGAAACCACCAGAUUACCUGCCUCUCUAAUGGAUCCUGGAGCAGCAGGCCGCCAACGUGUGUUAGAGCAUGCAGAGAGCCCAAAGUGUCUGAACUUGUGCGACAGAGUGUCGUGAAGCCGCAUCUGAUAUCCAGAGAGAGUCCAGACCAAAGGCUCUCCUCCAGGUACAACAUGCACGAUCUGUUGUCAGCUGGUUUCAUUCCGCUCACGUUGGACAAACAGUCAAAAAAAGACGACCCUGUCCUCGCGGAGCUUCCUCGCGGCUUUCACCCAGUCUACACAAGCAUUGAGUACAAGUGUGCCUCACCGCUCUACCGCCACACGGGAAGCUCCCGGCGCACCUGUCUGAAGACUGGCAGGUGGAGCGGACGCCAUGUUUCCUGCUCACCAGUUUGUGGCAAAUUCGACACUUUCAGUCUGCACAACCUCACAGACAGCCAGUGGCCGUGGCACGCAGCCAUCUUUAUCCGCUCACCUCCUGAUCGCGGUGCCGGCACCCACAGGCCACGUGGAAUGAGUGUGUCUAUCCAGCAGGGGGCCUCAGAGGAGUCCACAUUCUGGUACCUGGCCUGCAGCGGGGCUCUGCUCACACAGCGUGGCGUCCUGGUGGCAGCUCAGUGUGUCGUAGACAAGGACACGCAGCAGACCCUUCACCCGGCACAAGUGAAGGUUGUCAUAGGCGGGCAGUACCAGACAUCCAAGGAUCAGCUGAAAAGCCUGCACCACCUCAGGGUUUCGGACAUUUUGGUCCAUCCAGAUUUCCGCUCUACGCCGGACUCCGAUGUGGCUGUGCUCAAGCUAACGGACAAGGCCAAGAUUAGCGAGCGUGUGUUGCCAGUGUGUCUACCCAAAGUGCAGGGAGGAGAAGUGACAGCACAGGAGGCUUACACUGCGAGGUGGAACUCACCAAACGAUUACAGGCGCCUGAGUCAUUACACUCCCUCGAGCCAGACGAAACUUGUUGAGCUGGGUGAUGUUUCGCAAUGUGAAAGGGAAUUUGCUCAAGGAGGAGCACGUACCACAAUGAUCAGCGACAAUACACUGUGUGUCAUUAGGAAGCCGACCAGUCUUCAAAGCCCUUGCCCCAGUUUUGUUCCAGGCAUCACAGCUGUGCCAGCUGUGUUUUCAUCCACAAGUGGUGUCUUGCCGGUUCACGAGGAGGCUCCGGAAGCCUCCAUCACAGGCUGGCAGCUUCUCAGUUUAGAGAGAUUCAGCUCUGAGGAAAAUAACUGCCACCAGCAGACUCAUACAGUUCAGACGCGAAUCGGCAACUUUCGAGACUGGAUAGAGAAAAACAUGAAGUAGAUUUGAUUUUCUUUCCAGUAUCAGCAACUUAGCUCUUAAAUGGUAGUUUGUUUCCUGUUUUGUAAACCUCACAGUUGGUCAAAAUGGUUGAGAUGGAACAGACAGUGAGAACACACCAUUCGCUGUGAUUAUUUUGUCCUGCUCUCUGUGUCAAUAUCAUGCGAGGCGAGAGCUGUUUCUCCUGGAACUCUGCUUGUGUCCGCGUGCAUGUUGUUCUGUAUUUGGGCCACCUGCGCUUCAAACAACAAUAAAGACACACGCUCACAUCACCAUACGCAUGGUGUCUAAAUGUUACCUUGCGUUUGCGAGCUGUAUUUUUCGGAAUAAAAUUUUGGUGAUAAGGAA